AUGGAUAAGUGGGAAGGUAAAACUGCAAUCGUAACCGGCGCAUCAGCUGGAAUUGGUGAUGCUAUUGUGCGUGAUUUAGUGAAAUAUGGAAUUAAUGUCGUGGCUUUGGCACGUCGUAUGGACAGAUUAGAAUCAUUAAGAGAUCAGUUAAAAGAUGAACCAGGAAAAGUAAUUCCAAUCAAGUGUGACGUGUCUGAUAAAGCUUCAAUUGAUGCGGCAUUUGAGGAAAUUGACAAGCAAGUUGGAACACUUCAGAUUCUUGUCAAUAAUGCAGGAAUUGCUCUUACACAUGGAAUGUUUGGAGACGAUGAUGACAAAACAGAUGAAAUCAUAUCCAGCACCAUCAACACAAAUUUCCUUGGGCUUGUCAGAGUCUCGAGAAAGGCUUACAAGUUAAUGAAGAAAUCUGAAGACUAUGGAAUCAUUAUUAAUAUUGGAAGCAUUGCUGGACAUAGUGCUUCAUUUGACUAUAUCAUAAAUGUCUAUCCAGGUACCAAGUUUGCUGUUCGAGCUGUAACAGAGUCAAUGCGGCAAGAGCUCAAUAAACUUAAAGACACAAAAAUCCGUGUUUGUGAAAUAAGUCCAGGUGGUGUUCACACAGAGAUCGGUGGCGACUCCCUCAAUUCGCCUGAAAUGAAGGAAAUGAUUGAAAGUGGGUUGGUUCCAAUUUUAAAAGGUUCUGAUAUAUCACAGACAGUUCUGUUCAUGCUGAUGACACCAUAUGAAGUUAAUAUUACUGAAAUGAUUGUGAAGCCGGUUGGUGAAAGGAUUUAA